AACAUGAGUCGGUUGGUGGUGAUUUUCACACUGCUCCUGGUUUCGGCGACCGCAGCUGUCCCCGACGUCUUACAGAUCCUGACAUCUGUCGUCGUGAAUCCGUAUGUGGACUGGAAUGGCACUGAGUGCAUGGGAACCACCCCUGGAGACCGUGUAUGCAACUACAACUGCGAGAAGGUACUGCUCUGCCAAGGGGAAGAACAAGCUAUUGAGUUGCUAACAUGUCAGACCAACUACGGAUGCGUUCGUGGGGAAUGCGUCGAAGGCGAAUCGGAGUGCGAGGCGGGAAACGACCCCAUCACGUGUACAGGCGAGGGGCUCUUCCCUGACCCUUACGACUGUACCAAGUUCCACAUCUGCAAGGCGGAGGGAAACUCUACCGUGAGAUACUGCAAGGACGGCUGGGCUUACAACCCACUUACAGGCGUGUGCAGAUGCAGCGAUAGCUCAACAAAUUCGCCAGCGACGAGCUCUUCAUCAUCAUCCUCAGAUGUAAGUUCGUCACUGACUACGACGUCUGUCACGGGAUCUGGCAACCCUUCCUCUAUGCCUCCCAGCACGCCACAGCCCUCGUCUUCGGAUACCCCACUUACACCUUCACCCACUGAUUCGUCACCAACAACACCGUCACCUGACGCAACAUCUGGCACACCUCCCACCACAUCUGGCAGCACGGCAGGACCUACGUCUUCAGACACUCCGCCAGAAACGUCUUCAGCCACAGCAUCGUCACAACCAACAGCGUCGUCCGACACGCCUGGCACUCCCCCUACCGUGACUGCCAGCACAGCACAGACUACGCCUCCGGACGUGCCAACAACGCCUUCACUGACGUCCUCUUUGCCCAGCACGACUCCUCCCUCCACUGGCGGCGAGUGUUCCAACCCGCUGGAAAUCGUUCCAGAUCCCAGUGACUGCUCCAGCUACUACGAGUGUCUCCCAACGAAUAAGUGGACGCACAUCGAAUGCAUUUAUGGAUAUUACUUCAAUCGAGACGAGAAGAAGUGCCUUUAUGGUUCUUGCCCUUACACUUUGUGGUGA